AUGUUUCCUCUUUCAUAUACAACCAUGUCGCGCAAGCUGGGGCCCCACGAAACGUACGCGGCUACACGAAGCCGUUUCGGUAGCUACUCCAACGUUUUUGUGAGUGCUCGAUUAAGAGACCCCGCUCCAACCGAGGCAGUUGAAUACGCCGUGUGUCAACUGAUCCAUAAUGAACCCAUCCUAGGUGUCACCAUUACAGGAGACAAGCCAGGCCAAUACGAAAUGCACAAACUGAAUGCCGACGACUACGAUGUCAAGGACUUCCUGGACACUACGACAUUUUGGGAUAAGCAGGUGAGUGAAGCCCAAUCCGAUCUCCAUUACGUGCGGUUUGAUCUCACCAAGGCUCACUGGAAAGUUGUUGGGCUAGACCACGGCCGGGAAGUCCUCUUUCUCUACGACCACACUCUUCUGGACGGAAUGUCUGGAUCUUUUGCAUGCCGUCAAUUGGUCAAGUCCAUCGAGGAAUACCGACAAGGCAAAAGAUCUGAUGACAAUAAGAUCCAAGUGUCACAGAAAGAGUUGCCACCACCCGUGGAGAAACAGAUUACCGUUUCCGCUCCUGUCUCCCGACUGGUGAAGGAACUGGCUAACGAGUAUCUCUUCUCAAAACCCAAAACCUCUUUGCCUCCUCAGGUUCUCCCAUGGACGGGGUACUAUGGUGUCAUUGAUAUGACUACCGAGCAGACAAGCGCGUUUCUGAAAAUGUGCAAGGCACAUUCCAUCAGUGGAGGGGCCGGUCUGUAUGGUCUUCUGGUGUGCUCGUCGUCAAAGGUGCUUCAUGACAAGUAUCCUGACGCAGUUCAGCAACAGGUGAGCGGUUCCAUUCCUUGGAAUGCUCGUAAAUUCACACCCGGUCAGGACCCCGAACGUCUGGGAAUGGUCGUUGGGGAGUCUCUGUUUGACAACCCGGUUCCCAAGCCUGCAGAUGUUGAAUUUGGAAGUGGACCAACGAUUCCUUCUGGGUUCCUGGAGGUUGCCAAGGUGUACCAGGAUCAGAUUAAGAAGGACGGAGUCUCGACAUGGUUCUCCGGCUAUCCUUUCAUGCAUAUCAUUGGUCUGAUUCCUUUCGUUGACCUGGAAGACUACUUUGCCUCUCAUACCAACAACUACCAGCGGCAUGGAAUGUACUCUUUGAGCAACCUGACCGCUCUGGAGACCUCUACUACGGUUGAGCGGCUGCGGUUCUCUCAAUGCACAGGAGGUACUUGUCCUUUCAUUCAGUUUUCCACUGUGGGAAUAAAGGGUGGCCCCAUUAGCAUCUCAGUUGCCGUUGCUGAGGACGAUAGCAUUGUUCCGCAGGUAGAAAAGUACGUUGAGGAGUUCCUUUCGCACAUUUCCUAG